AUGGACUAUCGACCUUCGCCAGGUUCAAUACCGCUUCCACUGUCGAAUCCUCUGAGCCCGGUAGCAGUGCCCUUGGAAGAAGUCAACACAAAGCCACAAACCCUGAUCGGUGUCCUUCCGUCAAACGUAAAAGACUUUCAAGACCUUAGAGGCCUGGAUUUGGAACUGCUGCGACAAGCAAUAGAGGAUGAUGCAUCCAGCGCGGGUGCAAGGUCUAUCGCUGGAGACGAGAGAGGGCAAGAAGCUGAGGUGAAUGUCCCACAGCAAACACAAGAAGCACCUAUUCCAUCGUCAACAGUACCGACCGGUGAUAGCUUGUUCAAUGCGUUACGAUCACCAAGUUUGGAGCCUGUUUGUGUGGCAUCAACAUCCAGCCAAUCUGCAGAGCAGCCGACCCCAAAUAACAUCACUGUUCCAGUAACUGAGAGCUCUGGUGAGCUCAGUCGGCUAAUGGCUCGCUACCCGAUGAUGAUCACAGUGCCGGGCUCUGCACCCCACAAGCCACCGGUACGAGCCAUGUCACACGAAUCAUUCAUGAGCGCUGUGCAGCGAGGAAGAUCCACGGAUACUGGACAUGAACUCCAAGCGUCGCAGAUCCAGUUAGACGACAGAUCAAGAGAACCGAGAAGAGCUUUGAGCUCAUCUGCGCAGGUUGCGUUGCCUAGCUCUGGAUCGAGAUAUUCGGACGUGGAAGCUUCCAGUGAGAUCCCUGCCACAUACUUGAAGAAUACUACAAGCGCUGCGAAUUCUUCUCCCUUUACUCCUUCACAUGGCUUUUCUCCCGAAAGUUACCAAGUCUCGCAUGCCGAAAACAGACCACAACAGGUCAAAUCACCUCAACAAGCUGCCGCAUCCUCGUCCAGAUCUGGAUUUGAUCAACCUCCAGGAUACUUGGACGGGUCAAUGGGUCAAUUCCCACCACAACACGGACAUCCCGAAGUGCUCCUUGUCUCUAGACAGUCGUCGCCUCCACAAAAUGGCAAGCUGUCGAUGUCAUUAGCAGCUGCACCUUCGUCUUCGUACUCUUCAAUAUCUUUGUACGACGAACUAAAAUUUUCUGAGGCGCGAAACGAACGCGAACGAGAAGCACUCGAAAGGGAACUAGCUCAAGCGCGCCGAGAAGCAGACGAGCUAGAGCGACAAUGCGAGGAACUGGGCGAGAUGAUGCGUUCCCUCGGUUUGGAGCCCCCUGCAAUGCCAGAAAUCCACAUGGCCUUUCGCCCAGGUGCUUCUGUGGCGAGUUCUGAGCCGCGUGCGUGGCGCUCACCCCUACCUGAAGUUCCGACCUCCUCGCCGAGAAGACGAAGAGAAACCCAACCACAGACUCGAACUGUGUCGUAUCACAAGAUGAACGGAGAGCAUCUGCGACCUGCGCCAGAGGAAUCCCCAAAUAGACAUGAUGUGCGCUCUCAGGAAGCUCUUGAGCAUGCUGCGCGAACGCUAUCCAUUCCAAUAUCUGUGUUAUCCGGUGCUGUGUCGCAAACAUCACCCUCGCCAAACCCUUACGACCCGCAGUCGUUAGAUGAUGUGGUACGUGCGAUGGAUUUCCUUCGCUCAGCAGAUUCCUUGAUAUGGAAAGGUCGAAGAGAUAGGGGACGAAUGGCGGGUAGAGCCGGCGAUUCUGUUUACGCAGAGGAGAACGUGCAAGCGCUCAAGGAGAGGCUGGAUAUGUGGGAACGCGCGGUGCGAAGUCAACGAUAA